AUGGAUCUGUUCAAAGUCAUUUUGGUGGCCGCAACUGCUUUACUUUUCCCAAGCUGUGCAACUGCUUGUACUACGAACGAGAGAGCCCAUCGGGAGUUGAUUAGCAGUUUAAAAACAAACGAUUAUGUCAAGUAUGUUAUGAAUUUAACCGAUCGUGGUUGUUUUGUUCACAAAGACCCAUAUGCACCUCAGUCACAACCAAUAGAAUAUGGUGGCAGGAUUCUUGAUCCCAAUACACAUGCGCGUAUCCUGGAAAUUUUAAGCAUUAGCCUCACUAAUGGUGCUCGUGCUUUAGUUUUAGAGUCAGGUAGUGGAUAUCUCUCAGCAUGUUUAUCGAUUAUGACUGGUCGUAAUGGCGUCACUAUAUCCGUUCCUCCCAGCAAUCAGUUGUUAUCUUUGGCCAAGAAUAAUAUUCAAAGCUGGGUAAAACAUACGAAAACACUUCAGAGUUUAAGAUUAAAGCCGGGGGAACAAAUUAAAUUUAUGAACAGGGGUGAUAAACAGGCUUGGUUAUCAAGUGGACCAUACAAUGGUAUCUUUGUUCACAAUACGGGAGGAGGAAUUUCUGUGGCCGAACUAGCAAACAUGCUAAAAGUAGGCGGUCGCCUAGUUGGCCUGGAAGGAGAUUUCGGAGGACAGCAGGAAUUGUUUAUGAUAGAGCAUUAUCCAAGAGGUUCCCUUCGACGGGUAUCUAUAAUGUAUUUCACAGGUGUUGCUUCACCUGACAGUUAUCACCCUGUGACGCAAGAGUAA